ACAGAUUUUUGAACAACUCCUAUUUUUUAUUUUUUUUAAUAAUUAUUUGUUUGCCUUCAAAAUACGCAUGAAAACCAGGCAUCAUCCAUGCUUCUUCUUCUUUUAAUGGUGUUUGGUAUUCCUUAUAUUAUUGUUUAUUUUCCCAAUUUUGCUUAUAUAUGCAAUGAGACCAUUGGAACAUUUUAUUUGCAAGUGUUGGGACCAAAACAGGCUGCUAGCUAACUCUCUUGUUGCAAAGAAAAUGGUGACAGAUCUUCGAACAGAUUCAUCAGAUUACCGGACAGAACUCUUGUCUCCUCCUCCGCCGGGGAAGAAGUCUCCAAUACCAUGUGACCAGCCCUCAUGGCGGCUCAAUAUCGAAGACUUCAAGGUGCCGGAAAUACACAUGAAUUCUCAUUUUGGCUUUCUGUAUCUCAUCAAGUCAUUAAGCAGGCAGAGGAAAAUUGUAGAGUAUUACAAGAAGCAGGAUAGGCUUAUGAAAGGAUACAAUGAAGUGGAUUCUUUUUCUGAAUUGGGCAUUCUGCCUGGAACUUUAACAGAGGAUGAAAUGAAGCAACUAGCAAAGAGUGAGAGGGUGGCAAUAUAUGCAUCAAACAUAGCAAAUAUGGUGCUGUUCGUGGCUAAAGUGUAUGCAUCUGUGGCAAGUAGAUCAUUGGCUGUGAUAGCUUCAACCUUGGAUUCUCUCUUAGACCUCUUAUCAGGAUUCAUCCUUUGGUUUACUGCUCAUGCCAUGAGGAAACCAAAUCUAUAUCAGUACCCCAUUGGCAAGAAUAGGAUGCAGCCUGUGGGAAUUAUUGUUUUUGCAUCAGUAAUGGCAACUCUUGGAUUACAGAUAUUAUUUGAAUCGGGUCGUGAACUUGUCGUUAAGGCUCAACCUGACAGGGACCCAGUGAAAGAGAAAUGGAUGAUAGGGAUUAUGGUUUCAGUCACAGCAGUGAAAUUUGUGCUCAUGGUCUACUGUAAAAGAUUCAAGAAUGAAAUUAUUCAAGCUUAUGCUCAAGAUCAUUUCUUUGAUGUCGUUACCAAUUCAAUUGGCCUUGCUGCUGCUGUUCUAGCCAUCAAAUUCUACUGGUGGAUUGAUCCUGUUGGAGCUAUUCUAAUAGCUGUGUAUACCAUCGGUAAUUGGGCGAACACGGUUAUGGAGAACGUAUGGUCGUUGAUUGGCCGGACAGCGCCGCCGGAGUAUUUAGCCAAGUUAACUUACCUGAUUUGGAAUCACCAUGAAGAAAUAAAGCACAUUAAGACAGUGAGGGCAUACACAUUUGGUUCUAACUAUUUUGUGGAGGUUGAAAUAAUUUUACCAGGGGAAAUGUCUCUUACUCAAGCACAUAAUAUUGGAGAAACACUUCAAGAUAAGCUUGAGAGUUUUGCUGGAGUUGAGAGAGCAUUUGUUCAUGUAGACUUUGAUAUCACUCAUAAAUCAGACCACACCCCUAAAGUUCCAAGAUGAUUUGUAUUUUAUAAGCAACAGUUAUUCAACUUUUGGGUAGUAGUUGUUGAUUGCGUAUCGUAUUAAGGGGUUGAUUAUUUAAAGAUUAUAUUAUGUCUUAAAACAAAAAAUAAAAGUUACUAGUUCCAUUGAAUCAAGUCAUAAUUAUAAAAUUAAUGCUUUUUUUGGGAGCUUGAUUGGAAUAUGUAUCUUUUGGUGUGAACUACAUACGGUACACGUUUGGGCUCUUUUUUAUGGUCUCUUUUCAGCUUCAAACUUAGGAUAGUCUUUUUUUAUUUUUCUU